AUGAAGCUGGCACUGGUCUAUUCUCUGCUCUCUCUCCUGGCAGGGCACGGCUGGGCGGACACCCGGGCCAUCGGGGCAACGGAGUGCGACCCCAAUUCACAGCCCUGGCAGGCGGGCCUCUUCUUCCUCACCCACCUCUUCUGCGGGGCGUCCCUCAUCAGCGACCGCUGGCUGCUUACAGCCGCCCACUGCCGCAAGCCGUACCUGUGGGUUCGUCUCGGGGAGCAUAACCUCUGGCAGUGGGAGGGCCCAGAGCAGCUAUUCCGAGCCACAGCCUUCUUCCCCCACCCCGGGUUCAACAAAGACCUCAAAGCCCAAGACCACAACGAUGACAUCAUGCUGAUCCGCCUGCCCAGGUCGGCACGUCUGGGCCCUGCAGUGAAACCUCUCAACCUCAGUGAGAGCUGUGCCUCCCCAGGCACCCAGUGCCUCAUCUCAGGCUGGGGAGCCGUGUCCAGCCCCAAAGUGGAGUACCCAGAGACCCUGCAGUGCGCCAACAUCAGCAUCCUGGAGUCCAGACUCUGCCACUGGGCGUACCCGGGCCACAUCUCGGACAGGAUGCUAUGCGCCGGCCUGUGGGAGGGCGGCCGCGGGUCCUGCCAGGGGGACUCUGGGGGCCCCCUGGUUUGUGACGGGACCCUGGCCGGAGUGGUGUCGGGGGGCGCAGAGCCCUGCUCCACACCCCGGCGCCCCGCCGUCUACACCAGCGUGUGCCACUACGUGGACUGGAUCCGGAAGACCAUGGAGGAAAACUGA